AUGACUUCUAAGGCAUCUGAGAUCCCGAUCCGAACUCAUUAUGACUACAUCAUUGUUGGAGGAGGUACAUCAGGCCUCGUUGUCGCGAAGCGCCUUUCGGCGGACCAGAAGCUAGCGAUUCUGGUCAUUGAGGCCGGCGCAGACCGCACCGACGAUCCCCGAGUCUUCACGCCUGGGUUGAUGAACGACAUGUAUGGCAAUGCGGAUUUUGAAUGGUUGAUCUCCGGUGUCCCGCAGCCCCAACUGAAUGGGAGAACUCUGGUUCAUCCUGUUGGUCGUACCUGGGGAGGUUCCUCCGCCAUCAAUAUGUGCUGCGUGGUAUACCCCUCGAGAGCCAAUUUUGACAGCUGGGCGGCUCUGGGAAACACAGGGUGGGACUGGAAUGCCAUGUCACCCUAUCUGCAGAAGUUUUCCUCCGUUGAACCCCCAUCCGAGGAGACUUGCGGCCAACUCUCUUUGCCAGCUACUGGGAGAAGCCUGGGAGGCGAAGGACCCAUUCACGUAUCAUACGCACGAAGUUACCUGCCUUGUCACAGGGCCUGGGUUCCUACCUUUGAGAACCUCAAUCAGCCGCCGCAUGGAGAUCACGUCUCCGGCACCUUUUCCGGGCCGUUCCUGGCCGGCGUCACGAUCGAUCCAGAGACUAAAAGGCGGAGUCACGCUGGGGCCGAUUACUGCAGUCCAAGAGCGACCCAUCGGAGCAACAUAGCGGCACUCACCGAAGCCCAGGUUCAACGGGUGAUGCUCAAACGUGAGCAGAACGGCUCGGUCUCAGCCGUUGGUGUUGUGAUCAGGACCAAGAAUGGGAUGGGGCACAAGAUAUAUGCCCGCAGAGAAGUUGUCCUCGCUGCUGGCAGUUUCAAGACUCCCCAGUUGCUCGAGCUUUCGGGCAUCGGGAACGCAUCCCUACUCCGCGCCCACCGGAUCGACGUUUUCAUCGACAACAAGAACGUGGGUGAGAAUCUCCAGGACCACGGACUUGUCCCCUGUUCCUGGGAAUUGGCGGACGGCCAAGUGUCCGGCGACAUGAUGAAAGACCCCGGCAUAAUGGCGGAGGCAAUUUCUGCGUACGAACAAUCCAAGGACGGACCUCUCGCCGAAUUCCCCUUCAUGUCCUCAUACCUGAAUUUGCAACUGCCCAAGGAGUCAAUCAACCGGAUUCGCAAUCAUAUGUCGGUACACGGCUAUCUGCCUCCGGGUAACAAUAAACAGCAAGAUGAACUGUACGGAAUCUUGGACAACACAGACGAGCCUAUCGGGCAGUGUAGCCUAGUGCCGCGUCAGCUGAAGUCUGGUGACGAUUCGACGGCUAGGUACAUGUUUGGCUUCGAUGAGGAAGGGCAAUACAUCACAUUCUGUGGAGUGCUGAACCACCCGUUCUCACGGGGCUCGACUCACAUUCAUUCGAACGACCCGAACCUCAACCCUACCGUCGACAUAGGAUUCUUGCGUCAUCCGCUUGAUCUUGAACUUCACGCCCAUAUCCUGCUGUUCGUCGAAAGGCUGGCAUCAACCGAGCCUAUGGCUAGCCUACUUAAGCCCAUGGGUCGAAGGCUUCACCUUGAGGGCGGGAAAAAGUCAAUGGACAGUCUGCGGGACGCGAAGCAUGUGGCGAAGCAGAAGAUAGUCUCGAAUAACCACCCGUGCGGAACGUGUGCGAUGUUGCCCAUGGAGCAAGGCGGAGUGGUGAAUUCCCGACUGCUUGUCCAUGGGACGAACAACUUGAGAAUAGUCGAUGCGAGCGUAUUCCCGUUGAUCCCGCGAGGCAACAUUCAAUCUACCGUGUACGCCGUGGCCGAGCGAGCGGCGGAUCUCAUUCUCGAGGAUCAAAGGAAUGCUGGGUCUCAGGAAGCACGUCUGUAG